AUGCUGGACGACAGCAAGGACAGCCAGGAAAACGUCAAGCAGAUCCUGGAGCGGAUUAGGCCCGACCGACAGGUUCUGCUAUUCUCGGCUACUUGGCAGGAGAGCCUGACGAGGUGGGUCGUGGAAGGGGGGCUGUCCAACCGACAGGCCCGCUGCGUGCAAAACUCAAAGCCAGUAGAGAUCUACGUCGGGAGCACCACGGUGACGGCGUGCAGGAGCGUGGAGCAGAGAUUCUGGUACCCGGGCGUGAACAGUUUCUGGGCCGACGGUUCGGAGGCAGAUGCUCAAGCGAGGAAGCUCGAGGCGCUGUGCGAGGCGGUCAAGAUGCUCAAGUUGGACGACACGCAGGACAGCAUUCAUAAGGCGCUCAUCUUCUGUAACGAUAAAGAGGGCGUCGAACGAGUCGCCAGAGAACUGAAGUACCGGGGGCAUCGCUGCGAGGCCUUCUCGAGCAACUCCAGCAGGGCAGAGCUGCUGGAUCUGUUCAGGUGUCACGAUAACAAGUUGCCGAUGCUCGUCUGCACUCAGGUGCUCGGUCGCGGGAUGCACUUCGACGACGUGAAGUACGUGGUGAAUUACGAUUUCCCGAACCGCGGGAUGGUUGACUACGUCCACCGCAUUGGCAGGACUGGACGCGGCAACAAGAAGGGGUUCGCCCUUACUCUCCUCGAGGAGCUCGACCUGCGGUACUCGAAGGAGCUGGUUGACUCUCUCAGAGAGAUCGGCUACAGCCCCUCGUCUGAUCCCCCAUUGCCCCACUGGCUGGAGAUGGAAAGCCGCCGUUAUCCAGCUGACCUUCUGGAAAAAGUACAACGACAAGCAGAGGCACCGGCGGCAGGCUGCCGAGGCCGCCGCACACGCCCCCGAGCCCGUGCAGGAACCGGGCCGCGCUGA